UAAAAGUAUCCCCAGAAAAAGGGGGUUACCAACAGUGACACCUUCAUCACCGCUUGCAGGAAUCAGAGUGCUUGAUCUUACAAGAGUGUUAGCGGGUCCAUUCUGUACAAUGAUUCUCGGAGACCUUGGAGCAGAUGUCAUCAAAGUUGAACGGCCAGGAUCUGGAGAUGACACAAGGCUCUGGGGUCCGCCGUUUGUCGGAGACCAGAGUUGCUACUUCUUGUCCAUCAACAGGAACAAAAAGAGUAUUUGUGUCAAUCUCAGACACCCUGAAGGGUUGCAGAUAAUCAAAAAGAUGGUCACCCAUAGCGAUGUUCUUGUGGAGAACUACCUCCCUGGUAAGUUGGAUGAGCUCGGUCUUGGCUAUGAGACGCUAAAGGAAAUUUCCCCGUCCUUGAUCUACUGCUCCAUCACUGGAUAUGGUCCAGAUGGGCCCUAUGCAAGCCGUGGAGGGUAUGAUGUUGUCGCAGCAGCAAUGGGUGGUCUUAUACACAUCACAGGUCCCGAGGAUGGCGAGCCAGUCAGGGUGGGCGUGGCUAUGACCGAUCUGUCGACAGGCCUCUUUGCUUACGGUGCCAUCUUGGCUGCUCUCUUACACCGCGAGAGGACGGGGCUGGGCCAGAAGAUUGACUGCAACCUGCUGUCAACGCAGGUGGCCAUAAUGUCUCACAUUGGAGCCAAUUACCUGAUGGCAGGCAUGGAGGCCAAACGAUGGGGUACCGGCCACGGUAGCAUCGUUCCCUAUCAGGCAUUCAAGACGUCUGACGGCCGGCUUCUGAUCGUCGGAGCGGGUAACAACGAGCACUUCAAGACCCUGUGCAAGGUCUUAGAAAUGGAAGAACUUGUUACAGAUGAGCGAUACACAUCCAACGAACUCCGGGUCAUCAAUAGAGACUCCUUGAUAACAAAACUCUCUGCCAGAUUCCAAGAGAAGGAGCUAUCCGACUGGGUGGCCGCAUUCGAGGAGACCUGUCUCCCCUUUGGUCCGGUCCAGUCCCUCCAGCAGGUCUUCCAGGACCCCCAGGUCAUCCACAACAAAAUGAUUCAAGAGUUCAACCAUCCUACUGUCGGAAACGUCCGAGUGCCGGGGCCUCCUGUUGGGUACAGCACCAUCCAAACUGACGUUCGUCUCUCCUCCCCUCAGCUCGGCGAGCACACCGAUCAAGUUCUCUCGGAGAUGCUCGGCUACGACCGGGAUCAAAUUCAAGAGCUGGAAGCCAGCGGGGCAAUUGGUACCCUGCAACCCUCCCAGUGACGACUCAGUGGUAAAGUUUUUAAUUUAUUCAGGAAUGUUGCUGCAAAAGAAUGCCUGGAGAGUAGGUGAAGCCGUCAAUCACUUCUUCCCUCUACAGAGGGUAGUUCUUCCGUGCUCAACUGGGUGUGCUGGUACUUUUCUCCCUGUGUGCAUCUCGUGACCAAGGUUCAAAAUUCCACCAGCUUACAUUUUGGGAAUCAGGUUCGUCCGUUCCCAACUAAUGACCAACCUUCUCCGUGUAUUUCUCCAACAUCUGAAGCUGAUACUUCUUCCUUCAAGAACACACAUAAUUUGUUUACUUCAUUUCUUAUUUCUUUUCUGUUUAGAAGGGUCAGUGCUCCUCCAAGCAAUAUCAAAAAUAAUGAGCCCAGCCGUCUUAAAUUGAGUGAUUUACAGUACAAGCGGGAGAUGUUGAAAACAAAGUUCUGUUUAUACCUGAUGCGUAUCGUUAAAAGUCUGCCUAAUGUUGCAAGCAUUGAAAAGUGGUCUGUGGCUCUGAGCUGUCAGGAGGUCGAGCAGCAACGCUGUGUUUGGGAAACCUUAGUGUGAUUUAUUUCCAGCUUGGUAAUUCAUAUUUGUGAGACUCUGAUACCGAGUGCUUUUAAUGCCUCAACAUAAACCGAAAUAUCCUGUUGAAUGCUACAUAAUGAAUGAGAAUUUAAUACAAGUGUUUAUGAAAUGGGAAAACGUUUUUAUUUUUAUCCAGCUGUUGAAUAAGAAACGUGUAUUUGAGGUUGGUCUCAAAUCCGCUUGGAGACAAGCUAAGCAGAGUCCAUUGUUAAAUGCCGACAAAUUCAAUUCUAUAUGAAAAUUGAUGAAAAUCUCUUUUACGAGAUUCGUUAUGCUGAUGUGCGUAUACGUGUCGCAUCUGUUUCAAGUCGCUCAUGACUCAGAAGAGACAUCAUUCUCAGCCCGCCCACGUUGCAAACAUUUGACGAAUUACUACGUGAAUUAUUCACAAGCACACUCGAUUCAAACCCCUUCUAAAUUCAACACGAGGGUUGGAGGAAUCAAUGGGGGAUUCCCUUUUCUCUCAUGCAUCCUCGAGUUUUGAAAGGGCUUCCAACACAGCACAUGGAGUUGUUGGCUUCAUUGGAUGCCUGGUAAUGAGGAGGCAGGUCUUGUUUGACGUAAAUACCCUACCCGUCUGUCGCGCUUUCGACGAAAUGUUUCAAGUUAUGCGCAUGAGAGAACACGGCCUCAUUUGCUGUCGUGGUGCUUCUAAUUUCAAAGAAUGAAAAUUGAAAAUUGGAACAAUGUCACCGAAUAUUUACAUUCAUUUUAAACGAAUUGAAAUCACUUUCUUAUGUUUCUUCCUCACUGGUAUUAUUACAGCAGUAAUCAGUACAGGAAAUAAGCCGUGUGAAGUUUUCCAGAAUAAGUUAAAACAAAUUCAAAACGGCUGGACGAUACCCCGUUUUCAAAAACUUUAACUAACCCUCUUCCAAAUUGGAAGGAGAAGAUGGAGAAAGGGGGUUUAUCUUAGGGAGAGCAUAUGACUUUCGCGAAAACGCGCCAACCCAUUUCCCUACCAGCCCUGUGGCUUGACUGAUUCGGUCAGGCUUCCCCUUUGUGUCCAGGUUAGUUCGAGCCCACCGUCCUGCCGUGCCGGUACUUACCCGGAUCUAAACGAGAAGCCGAAAGGGGCCAUUUAGCAGAAUCAAUCAACUCUUUUGAAUCCGCUCUGGCGCGACUCCUUAGACGCCGAGGGCACCACUACCACCACCCCCCCUCGCAAGAGCAAACGACUGAUCUGAUUCACCGUGUCACUCACUGAACAAAAUGCCUGCGCUAUUAAUAUCCACGGACUAAUAACCUGCUACAUGAAAGGGCCAGCACCCUUUGGAAUCAUUUCUUAUAAUACAUCCGGACUGAUGUGACUGAAGUUUGUGCGAUCAGAGCCUACCGUCAAUUUAUUAUCUCACCUGUAAUUUUCCAGACCUGUUUUUCCAAGUCCAAAUGCAGUUUCCGCCUCGGAGCAUCUGUUGUUAUGCUACAGACAUUCGGUUUCAGGUGCUGUAGGGAUCGCAUCAUCAACACAUUGUAAAUAAACACCAGAUUUUGGAACAUAUUACCAAGCCUCAGUGUAGGACAUGUAGGGUAUCUAUAAUUAUGAGUCGUCAUCAUCGGUGGAAAGUCUAUUUAUUGACUCAGAUUUAUAUUGUGAAAUGAGUUUAAUGCAGUUGCACCAAAGAAUUAGAAUUAUGUGCAAAAUGAAUACGAAAGACUGAUCUUCUUAAGAGUCCCAAGAGUGAAGCUGAAAUCAGGAAGACUUUUCUUUAAUUUCUCCACAUAAUAUGACCUGAUAGACAUUUUACCAGAUGAAAAUAUUCGUAGCAUUAGGCUAUUUUUUGAUACUUUGACCUCACUGUAGAUAUUUUCUUACGAAGUAAUAUUGCCACCAAAAGUAUAAAAUCCAGAGGACAUAUAACUGUUUCUUUUCAAAACAUAAUUUCAUCAGCUUUAUGUUUUGUGAUUUUUUGUCUAGAUUCCAACAUCGUUCACAAUAAUGUAUUAUUUGGCUGGCGAAUUAAAACAAUAGUUUUGAUUAUAUCUGUUAUUGAUUUUUUGUUUAUGCUACUGUUAAUGUUGAUUUUUGUAAACCUCUUACAUAUGACAUUGGACUUUGUCAAUAUCUUUCCAGUUUACUGCGAAUGUCGAUUGACGAUAUUAUUCGCUCUUCAUUAUGUUUUUUUUUUCAGAAAAAGUUAAAUAAUAUUAAAGAUAGAAAAAUAAGAGUGUAACAGUUUAUAAAUAUGAAAACCCUUUUUAAAUUCUAUACCCGCUGAGGCGACAAAAUGGUACUUUUAAAAGCCAAAUAUCUGUCAAGAAUAGGUAUAAGUCCAGUUUUAUACUUAUGUGGAAGUUCAAUUCGUUUGUUAAAUGUUAAAUCCUGAAGUGUUGGCGAUUCUUUUUGUAAAUGAAAAAAAUGUUUUACGUGCAGAAGUAAACUGAAAUAUAACGACUAU